UAUUCGAAGGAAACUGCCACUUCAUUGUUUAUUGCCUCACAGUCUGGUUAUGUUGAUGUUGUUAGAGAAUUAAUUUCGUUCAAGCCAUCGCUUAAUGCACCUUUACAGGUUAGUAUAAAUAUAAUCUUUAUUAAUGGCUUUUUUAUACUUAUAGAAUUUUGUAAUUUUAUCGAUAAUUUAACUGGAUCAAUUUCUGUGCGGUACUUACGUCUUCACCGUAUUUUCCUAUUUAUAUAGCCCGCAGCAUCUAUUUAGCUAUCUUCUAAUAAGCCCUCAGACCACAAUCUCAUGACAAAAAAUAAAAUAAGCCCCAUGAGGUGGCUAUAGAGCAAAUACCGUAACAUUGGAAACAAACCCGUAAAUGAUAUAAUUAUGCAUGUAAAUGAUAUAAUUAUGCAUGUAAAUAAUAUAAUUAUGCAUGUAAAUGAUAUAAUUAUGCAUGUAAAUGUACAAUUAUGUUUAAUUUGUUUGGGAUAAGGCCUUUUGUCAGUUGGUUAUACGGUAUAUGUGUUGCAAGAAAGAGCAAAUUGACCGACUUUAUUACAAGGAUAAUAUUACUAUGUGGGUAAUAUACAUGAAAAAAUCACUCGAUUCUGAUUGGCUAUAAGUGCAGUGCAAUUUUAUCGAGAUACACUGCCAAAGUGAAAGUAAUUUAGUUGCAAAAACAGUAAUACGUGAUAAACGCCCAACCAAGUCGUUUAAACAUACAGUAUUAUUAAUGUGUUUUAUUUUUAAUCGGUGAAAAUGAAGCAAUCUGAGGAGCGUUUCAGAGAUCCGGCCCGCUCUGAAACACAACUAACCAGCUGUGAAAUGCGACUGCCCGUUCUACCUCUGGUUUUCGCGCCAAAAAUCGAGGAGUAAAACAUUUUUUUAACUAAAAAGUCUGCCCAAAAAGUAAAAAGCCUAUUAUUUAAUUUACAGUACAGUAACCAUAGUCAGAAUACGAAAAUGAAGCCCUAAAGACUGACGAAUAAGCACGAUGUACACCAGAAUUGACAAUAUUUUAAGAGAAAUGCAACUGAAAGUCAGAAAUUUAUUUGACAUGUAUGAAGUUAUUUGACAUGUAUAGUUUUGUUUCAAAUGCUCAUAUAUUCGCGGCAACUUAAAAGCGAAUUAAACUGUGCGCUCGGAUGACCAAACACAACAUAAUAUAGCUGCUGUUUAAAAUUGUUUUCAUGAUCAUGAGUCAAUUUGUUGUUUGAAAUAGUGACCAAAGAUAUACUUUUAGGUAAAAAAUUUUGUGUGACCCCAGUUGUAACCACUGAGCUGUAGGUUGUGACGUAACAAUGCAUAUCAACAACAAUUCAACAUGGCGGAAAACUCAUUGAUUCUGUAUAUCAUGUUUUCGACCUAAAUGUGAUUUCAAAAACUAAGUAAGAUUUGAAAAAUCUGUAAAAAACAUUAAACGUUCUUUCAAAUAUGUCAAACUGAUUUUACAUUUGAACCAUCAAACGCAACCAUCCACGGAAAUAUGAAAAACUAGUUUCAUAUUCUGACACUGCAGCAGAGAGCAACGAAAACUUCGUUGUCACAAGCGGGAUUCAAACUCUAUCUUCGAGUAUCUAGACCGCCGCAUUGCCCAUUCAGCUAUCAAGUCAACGGGGAUUUCUAGCUUAUCCAAUUUAAAUGCACGAAAUAUUUUGGCGACGAUAUCUUUAAAUAUUUGAUUUUAUAAUUCCUGUAUACAUGAGUAUUCCUUUUAAAGUAGGCCGUUAAAUUUUGUUGCAUAAAAACUUAAUAUUCCAUUUUAAUAUAAUACAGUGCAGUUUUAACUUUCAUGUCUUAUUGAAAUUAAAAUACAAUAUAAAUUUCAUUUCAGGACGGUGCCACUCCGCUAUUUGUUGCUUCUCAAAAUGGACGCACUGAAGUUGUGCUAUGUCUACUCAACUGUGGCGCAUCUAUAAAUAAAUGUCGAAAGGUAAUGCAUCACUGUUCCUCGUCGUUAAAUGAAUUUUGGAACGACCUGCCUGUCAGUCGGAUAAGGUUAAGGAUAUAGUUCCAUUUAAAUUUCAAUCGAAAUAUCGAUAAAAUUUCCAGAAAUUAAACAUCUAAUUUAUACUCGAUUUUAUAUCAAGAAACUAUAGUAAACCAUAUGUAUUUUGUUUUGACGAGUUCCCGAAAUGACGUCACGCCGGCGCUUAAAAGGCAUUCUCUCCCCAGUACUUUUAUGUUCAUGGUAACACGAAAAAGUGUCAACUUUGAGCGCCAAAAAGUCCAUGAAGAUCAAAUUUUCGAAUUAUGAAAUAUAUUACAAAAACUCUUAGAAUAACCUAAAUAAUCGAAAUACACCAAUUCCCUGACUAUGAACAUAGGUACUUUAACGGUUAAAUUAUGUACACGUGACAUCUGUGUUGUCUUUUACGUUACGUGCUCUCUAAUGUCUUCAUUGAACAUGCCAGGAAUGCGUUUUAGACCACGUGUGGAACGUGCCUGUUGGAAUGCGAACGCAUUCAAGUUAUGUAAUUUAUGAGCGAGUAGUUUAUACAGUAAAUUACGAUUUACGAUAAGCCAUUUCUUUCCAUCCUGUAUAACUAUUUUCCAUUAUUGAAUGACAGAGUUGUUUUGUAGGAUAAGACAUCUCCACUGUGGAUAGCUUGCCAAAUGGGACAUAGUAAUGUUGUCAAGUUGCUUCUUUAUGCUGGAGCCUCGGUCGAUCAAUGCAGAGAGGUACAGUGGCUAUUGUUACUUGAAAUCAUUAAUAAUUCGUCCCUAAAACACAAAGACAUGACGUCGUCAAAAAUAAUUUAGUUGGAGCAAUAGAGCAAUAAUGCAUAACAGAGAAAUACAUUUGAUAGAUGAGCGUGUGGAGAGGUGCGCACCUCCCAUGAUAUCGUAACUUUGAAACUUUGUAGGGCAGGUGAAGCUAGACCGCUGCACCUCCCCUAAAGUUUUUUCUACCUCCCGGUUCCCCCACCAUUUUCACCAAACUCCAGCCUUGUCUUGGAGUAUAUAACUUUGAUAACAUCAUAGAGUGUCUUCAGUUCAGGUGUCAGAGACAUUAUCUCUGCAGAGAGGUAAAGUCUAAAGGAAUUGUGGAUCUUCAAAAAGAAUAAUAAAUUUUAAAAUGUAGUAUAAUAAUUCUGGUUGUGCAUAGUAUAGAAACAAAUUUAAAUUUCGACCCUUGCUCCCUCUUGUAUAUGAUAUAAAAACUUUAUUGAUUGACAGAUUGUCAUUGAGGCCUAAAAAAAGAAAUUCCACUUCGCGCGCAAAAUUCCGCCCAUGCAGUGGAAAACCGGCUUUGUCUGUUUGCUAAACACACCUGCAAGUAAAGGUGCCAAAAGACUGUUUACAGUAUUCUUAUAAAACUUAUUCUUGUUUCUGUUUAAGGAUGGUUCAACUCCAUUAUUUAAAGCCUGUCAUAAAGGUCAUGUUCGUGUUGUUGACCAUCUGCUUAAUCACCAUAUCAAGCCUGAGCUUGGUUUAUUAAAGGUAAAUACUCUUAUACUAUUAGAUUGUCCAUCCUACUAUGACAACUUCAAAAAACUUUUUUCGAAGCUAGAAAUCAUGAUUUUUUUCCAAUUGUUCCAGGGAUACUUUGUUUUCUGCUCUCUAGACUCCCCCUCGCGUAUAGUGCUCCACCCAUAGAAUAUAGUCUAUAGACCUUACUGGGGUUUGGUGACACUUUGUGUUGCUUCAGUCACCUGCUCACGGCUCACCCCCCCCCCUAAAAUUUCUGGCACCACCCCAGUAAAAAAUAUGAAAAUCCGUCUAUGCAUCCUAGGUCAGCCGUAGGACACCAUCAGUGCCAGCACUUUGUUUAACUCAUUAUUCGUUAAUUAUUAAAACUAUGAGACUACUAUUAGACUACGGUUAAAAUCUCGGAUGGUCCGUGUCUGUGUAGGUAGAGACGAUAAAACAUGCAGCUGCGAUGUCAAAGAUAUGCAACUACCUGAAAAAUAUAAGGAGAACUUCGACAUUUCGAGCGAAGGCCCUUUUUUGGGGAGGUUAGUAGCCAACGAAGGGCCUGAAAACGUCGAAGUUCUGCUUAUAAGCUGGCUCGAUAUACAGUUAGUACUAAUCCACACUAGCCGCGGGAUAUACGAAGGGACAUACAUAUAAUUAUAUGACCGUAUUAUAUUUUUAUCUUUUCAAUUAAAAUGACUUUUAUAGAUUUUAGACUUCAUGGCCUGUUCAUGUGAGUCUGGUUUGGCGGGAAGCUCGCGCCUCUACUGAGUAACUGUAUUCAUAUGCCGAAAAAAUGUAAACAUGGCGUCUUCGAAAUAUACAAAAUGCACCUUGUAUUAAGAUAUACAUGUAGUGUCUUAAGUCUAGUAAUGUUUAUUUUUUGUUUGUGUUUCCCAACCUAUCCCGUUCAAUACCAUAUUAUAAGUCGAAAAAGCCAAUCCCAAGUCAGGUGGGAUAAGACCUUCAUAUAUGGCAUUAUGGAACAUUUAUCCCAUGUACUUGACCAAGAUAUCACCCAUGCAGCGCAAGGCGAGAGGCGACAAAUUGAAUUUUUUAUACGCUAACAAAGGCCAUGCAAAUCUCACUCAGGUGAGUAUUCGGUUAGCUGGGUUCAUAUGAACGUACCCUCAGAGUACGGACCGCUAAGAUGAACCACUCGCGAAAGAUAAAGCUAUUCGAUAAAACUCUUAGUGCAAACAGGUUAAGUGAGCAUGCCAUUUUACUCCAGUAUUAACAAGCUUUCGUUGGUAUAGGGAUGCAACUACCUAAAAAUAUAUGGAGACUUUCGACGUUUCACGCGAAGGCCCUUCGUCUGCAGCAGUUAUAACAGGGAUCGGGAAAAAUACAUGAGCUUUUAUAUACCGAAGAAUAUAAAAACAUCACGUGAAAAAAAAUAGACCAUGAUCAGAUGGAUUUAGUCAAAAUUAAACAAACUAUAUAAACAAAAAAUGUAAAUCACAUUACAGAACUAUAUUGAUACAAAUAUACAGAAAAUUACAGCAAAUACAACAAAAUAUAUGAAAUAUAUGACACAAGUAUUGGAAUGCUGUAGUUUUCUGUAUAUUUGUAUUAAUAUAUUCUGUAAUGUCAUUUACAUUUUUUGUUUGUACUAUGUUUCACUAAAUCCAUCGGAUUGGUUUAUUUUUUGUCACGUGAUGUUUUUAUAUUCUUAGUAUAAAGCUCAUGUAUUUUUCCGGACUCCCACUAUAGUAACUCCAGACGAAGCGCCUUCGCUUGAAACGUCGAAAUUCUCCUUAUAUUUUUUCACUUUGCAUCCCUACCAACGAAAGCUUGUUAAUACUUUCGGCACUACCUUAAUAUACACUGGCACAGACAGUUCAUUUUACUCCAGCUCUGCAUGUCUCUAUAAUAUAUCUGACCUGUUGCUCAAUCAAUAGCAUGUAUAAUAUGUUGGAUAGAUAGAAAGUAAGACAGUAAUGUUUUCAAAAUUGAAUGUUGUCUGUAUGUCUUAUCAAACCAUCAUUCAAUAGACAGCACUGUACCUUUAAGUGAAUUAUACCAACCAAGCUCUUCUUCGAUCUGGGUAGUCUUUAAAAUAUUGUUGUCUUAAUACACCAGAAUGGACAAAGUGCGCUACAUGGGGCAUGUCUCUUUGGUCAUUUAAAUAUUGUAAAACUGCUGGUUGAAGCAGGUGGACAAGUAGAUAUUCGAAAUCAGGUAUGUUUACUUUCUUUUUGUUUGUCCUCCUACUUUUUUACUAUAUUGUUUGACUUUUAAUUGAAGAGUAUUCAGGUAAAAAAAACCCGGCUAUUUGAUACAAUAUGGGCCUUCGCGGUGGCGCAGCCAUCCUAUAGCAAGCGCCAACUAGCCUAGGACUCGUGUGAAGAGUCAGUCAACGCUCUUCCGAAAGUGGUGGGUUUUUUCCAGGGGAGGUUGACAGGGUUUGUCAGGAAAAAACACAGUUAAGAAAGUAAUAUCACAAUUGUUGUAAAGAUAAAAUAGUCUAGGCUAUGUAUAUAUGGAAUUAGAUUAGGUAAGCAGUGGUGUUCCCCCCCCCCCCUCCCCCCAAUACAGGAUCGGAAGCUUCCAUAUUGAAAGUGACGUCACAAAGAGAGCAUUCAAGUGGACGUCAUAAUCGCAAGGUUAAGUGUAGCGCAACACUUAAGUGUAGCGCAACACUUAAAGUGUAGCGCUACAGUUAUGAAGUAACAAAAUUUCCCGCCAAAUGCAAUACUAAUGAGGUGUGAGUGCACUUAGUAAAGUAUAAAUUGAAUAAAAACCGCCAGGAUUUUUAGCAAAAGUCAUUAUAAGAGGUCAUUCACGACAGGACAAGCCUGAUUACAAGUACACCUCUUAACAAAAGAGGGAUUGCAUAUAAAUAUCCCAAACCAAAUAGUAUUUGUCACACUGAUUUUGUAUAUCUCUAAAAUGAAUACCAUGCCAGAAAAUGUGAACAAUGUGAAGAAUUUGGGCCGAACACUACAAAACUACCACUACAUUAUACAAGAAGAGAAAGUACGAUAGAGUUCGAGGACGAUAGAUGUUUGUUUGAAAUGGAUUGCCAAAUGUUUGAUGUAGAAGAAAUGAUAGAAAUGUGGACUAUAACUUUUGAACAUGAUAAAUGUACUGAACCGACAAACUUUUAUAAUUGUGGGUGGGAGUUUGUAUGUUGUAUUUGCUACGUACGAACAUAUUGUCUUACUUAUGCAUUGUCGUUCAUGUAAUAUAACACAUAAAUGUAGAGACGAUGAUUGUAUAGAAACACCAACAAAAGCUAACAAAAUGUGUUAUUAUUGAAUACAAAUUUUAUGAAAUUUAGUACAACUUUUUACCACACGAACGUUUCCUAAAAUAUUGAUAUCCUAAGAUAUUGAUAUCCUAAGAUACUGCAUGAUAUCCUAAGAUACUGUAUGAUAUUCUGAGAUAUUGAUAUCCUAAGAUACUGAUAUCCUAAGAUACUGUGUAAUAUCCUAAGAUACUGUAUAAUAUCCUAAGAUAUUGAGAUCCUAAGAUACUGUAUCAUAUCUUAAGAUACUGUAUGAUAUCCUAAGAUAUUGUAUGAUAUUCGGAGCCAAGCUGGAUAGGCUCACAGCCACUCUAAAUAGCUCGGAUCCGAGCUCCAUUCGAAUAAUUGAAUCCUAGAUUGAAUCAUUGAAUCCUAGAUUGAAUCAUUGAAUCCUAAGAUUGAAUCAUUGAAUCCUAAAAUUGAACCCUAAGAUUGAAAAUGAGCACCUGCUCAUAACUGCUCAUGAGCACAUGCUCAUAAAAUUGCAGUGUUGCUCAAUAACAAGGCAUUUCUGCAUAGUCAGUGCUAAAAGAAUGAGCUGCCAAUUUUGCGGAAAGCAAUUUAACCGUGGUUACAAUCUUGCCUAAACUUGCAUUGCUUAAAAGUUGCAGUUUUUGCAAUCGCCUAAAAUCGCAUUAUCUCGCGGCGAGUUUAGGCGAGUUACUGCCCCAGAGUAGGCCUUUUGCCUGUAUGCUCACCCGUUUGUUUGCUUGAAAAAUGGAGAUAAAUGUUUUCUCUCUGUUUUUUUAGGAUGGCUAUCUUCCUUCUGAUCUUGCAGAACUCGGGCAAUACAAUGAUAUACUUUCAUAUUUUUCUUCUCUAAAUCAACUCUAUUCGACAGCAGUUUGAUGUGUGCCAGAUAUUAAUUAAUUUAAUUUUGUAUAUAGAUCAUAGUUAUAAUUCAAAUUAUUUAAAAAUAUUGUAUUAUAAUACUAUUAAUUGUACCAUUGCCG